GCGCUUGCGCUGGAGUGCCGGAGGCGGUCAUGGCUUCUCGAGCAGUGAGGGCUGCGUGUUCCGUGUGCGAGGAGGUACCCAAGUACCGCUGUCCCGCCUGCCGCGUCCCGUACUGCUCCGUGCCCUGCUACAAGAAGCACAAAGAGCAAUGCAAACCCUCUCUUGUUGUGAAAAAUGGAGACUCAGAUACACAUCUUGUGAAAACAAAGAUUUUGGAGGACAAAGGUAAUGAUUGGUCAGUGGCUGAUAUUCUGGACAGUGAUGAUGAAAAGGACAGAGUUUCUAUUCGGAAGCUGAAGGACCUGGGGAACUCUAAGGAAUUAAGGAACUUAUUGACCAAUCCCCACCUUCGCCAGUUGUUGGUCAGCAUUGACCAGGCAGAAGACAAAGAGACCCUUAUGAAAAGUCAUAUGCAAGAGCCCUUGUUCGUGGAGUUUGCUGACUGCUGUCUUAGAAUUGUUGACCCUCCUGAGGAAGAAAACACUUUGGAUGUGGAGGGGUGAAUUGGGCUGGCUCUGAGCGCCUACAAAUGUGGAGAAGGAACUGGGCAGCCUCUUGGAAAGAGGAAACUGGAGCUUAGUGCCCUCACUCUGGGGUUUAAGAGUGGAGGCUGGAUCACAGGCAGUUCCAGGACCUGAGACCUGAUGGACAGAGCCCUCCCCAAGGGAGGGGCUCAGUGGGGCGGCUGGCUCUAGUCAAAGGCCUAGGACUCUCCAGCCUCUGCUUUUCAUCUUGCUGGUGAACACAGUGUGCUCAAGCCCAAAAGAGGUAACUUAUUUGGUGGAAAGAAAGGCUGAUCAGACCAAACACUUGACACUUACUAGCUGUGUGACCCUGGGCAAGUCACUUAACCCCAACUGCCUAAGCAAAACAAAACAAAAAGAAAGACUGAUAUUAACGUGGACUGGUUCUUUAAAAAGUUUUAUUUGUUCAUGGCACACAUCAAAACAAGCCUAGGAGAGGGGUUUGUUUGGCAAAGUCUCCCUCUCAUAUACGUCUGAGUUAAAACAUCAUCUUGGCUCAGUUUGUUCCUGGAUGCCACUAGUAAUGGCAUUUAAAUAAAAUGGACAGUUACUGA